AUGGUGUCAGGCGGCGCGCUCCACCUGGCCCUGCUGGCCUUUGCCCGGCUGGCCUCGGUGGCCGACGCCGGAAGCCUCCACCGCAGGGACAGGGUCCCCGACGGCUACUACUCGCCGCCCUACUACCCUGCGCCGCAUGGAGGAUGGGCGCCGGGCUGGACUGAGAGCUACGCCAAGGCGAAGCUGCUUGUCGAGCAGAUGACCCUUGCUGAGAAGGUCAACAUCACCGGUGGAACGGGCAUGUAUAUGGGCCCCUGCGUAGGAAACACUGGCAGCAUCCCUAGACUCGGCUUCCCCAACCUCUGCCUUCAGGAUGGACCGCUUGGCGUCCGGACAACGGACCACGUCACCGUGUUCCCCGCCGGCAUCACCGCUGGCGCUACGUGGGACAAGGAGCUCAUCAAGGCCCGCGGCGUCGCCAUCGGGAAGGAGUUCCGCGGCAAAGGUGCCAACAUCUACCUCGGCCCCUCGGUCGGUGCGCUCGGGAGGAAACCCCGCGGCGGCCGCAACUGGGAGGGUUUCGGCAGCGACCCGGUGCUGCAGGGCAAGCUCGGCGCCAUGACCAUCGAGGGCGUCCAGUCGCAGGGCGUCAUCGCCACCAUCAAGCACCUGAUCGGAAACGAGCAGGAGAUGUACCGCAUGUAUCACGUCUUCCAGGAAGGGUACAGUGCCAAUAUUGAUGAUCGGACUAUCCACGAACUGUACCUAUGGCCGUUUGCUGAUGGCGUCCACGCCGGAGUUGGAGCUGCCAUGACCGCUUACAACGCCGUCAACGGCUCCCAAUGCUCACAAAACGCCCAUAUGAUCAACGGUCUCCUCAAAGAUGAGCUCGGAUUCCAGGGCUUUGUCAUGUCUGAUUGGUUCGGUCAGAUCACUGGUGUCCCCGCCGCCUUGGCCGGCCUUGACAUGAACAUGCCUGGCGACAUCAACACCGUGCCCAUCCUCUUAGGCGCCAGCUUCUGGCAGUACGAGAUGAGCCGGGCCGUUCUCAAUGGCUCCGUGCCUGUGGACAGACUCAACGAUAUGGCCACCAGGGUCGUCGCCUCUUGGUACAAGAUGGGCCAGGACAAGGGCUUUGAGCCGCCCAACUUCUCCGUCAACACCAAGGACGAGGUCGGCCCGCUGUACCCGGCCGCGCUCUUCUCACCCCAGGGCGUCGUCAACAAGUUUGUCGACGUCCGGGGCAAUAACGCCGUGGUGGCCCGCCGGGUCGCCCAGGAUGGUAUCACCAUGCUCAAGAAUGACGGUGGCUUUCUGCCACUCGCCAAGGACCGCCCCCUCUCCAUCUUCGGCACCGGAGCCGAGGUCAACCCCAACGGCAUGAACGCCUGCGAGAACGGAAACUGCAACAAGGGCACCCUGGGCUUCGGCUGGGGCUCUGGCGCCGGCACCUACUCGAGCUUCGACUCGCCCAUGGACGCCCUGAAGCGCAACGCAAAGAGCGUCACCUACUACCAGACGGACAGGUUCCCGAACGUUCCGAACCCAACCUCGGACGAUGUCGCCAUCGUCUUUGUCAGCUCUGACUCUGGCGAGAACACAUAUACUGUCGAGGGCAACCACGGAGAUCGCGACAACUCUGGCCUGAGGGUCUGGUAUGGUGGCGACGAGCUCGUCAAGAAGGCAGCUGAGAAGUACAGCAACGUUAUCGUCGUGGUUCACACCGUCGGCCCCAUCACCAUGGAGGACUGGAUCAACCUCCCGUCGGUUAAGUCGGUUCUGUUUGCGCAUCUGCCCGGCCAGGAGGCUGGCGAGUCUCUCACCAACGUCCUGUUCGGCACCGUCUCGCCCAGCGGCCACCUCCCUUACUCAAUCCCGGUCAAGGAGGGAGACUACCCGGACAGCGUCACCAAGCUCACCGGCUUUGCGAUUGGCCAAUCCCAGGAUACCUACUCGGAGGGCCUCUACAUCGACUACCGUCACCUCAACAAGAAGGGCAUCAAGCCGCGCUUCGCCUUCGGCCACGGCCUCAGCUACGCAAACUUUUCCUUCUCCGACGCCACCGUCAAGCGGGUGACGAAGCUCAGCCCGCUGCCGGCCGCGCGCCCGGCCAAGCUCGCCACGCCCCAGUACUCCAAGGAGAUCCCGCCGUCCAAGGAGGCCUACUGGCCCGAGAACUUCUCCUCCAUCUGGCGCUACCUGUACCCCUUCCUCAGCAACGGCGACGCCGACAAGGCGCGCGAGCAGUCCACCAAGGCCAAGUACAACGCCUACCCGGCCGGCUACAGCGAGGAGCAGGGGCCCGGCCCUGCCGCCGGCGGCGGCGAGGGCGGCAACCCGGCGCUGUGGGAGACGGCCUUUGAGGUCUCGGUCAAGGUGACCAACACGGACGCCAAGCACGCCGGCAAGGCCGUCGCGCAGCUGUACGUGCAGUUCCCCGAGGGCAUCGACUACGACACCCCCGUGGUGCAGCUGCGCGACUUCGAGAAGACGGCGGCCGAGGUGGCGCCCGGCGCCAGCCAGACCGUCACGCUCAAGGUCACGCGCCGCGACCUCAGCGUCUGGGACGUCGUGGCCCAGAACUGGGUCAUGCCCAAGUUCGACGGCCGCUACAGGCUGUGGGUCGGCGACUCGAGCGACCGGCUCUUCACCGUGUGCUACAGCGACACGCUCAAGUGCGAGAGCGGCCUGCCUAGCCCUGUGUAA